AUGGGGCUUCGAGAACAGGACUCCCUUCCAGCAGCGAAACAUUUCACCAACGGAGAGUAUAAUUUCCUGGCAGCGGCCGCUUCACUGAUUUGGGUUGCUGGUGUUGGCACAAUCGACGCCUUAUACGAGCAAGAGGGACUGAGACCCUUCCUACGUUACGCCUCGGUCCGCAAUACAGCCAACAGUACGACUUCUUCCCCGGGUAUUUUAACACUUGGAGAGGUUUUGAACACCCUUUUGGUAAUACUCCCCUCAAAAAUAUCAUUUACCCCAUUGGGCCUUGAUCCAUUCGGAAAACCGGCAGGCUGUCCUAGAUACCGAAUUUUCAUUCAAAACUCUUUUCGCAGCAUUAUAUUCUCUAUCAUUGGCUUCCUUGACCUCACAACAUACCGACUAGAUCCAGCACAUGGAGACUUGAGCUCGCGGGCAAAGGGCUGGUCCACUGGCCCUAUCAGAACUCACGUACUAGAACCUAGAGACACCAACUAUGUCACCAUCGGCGCCGUAUCCUUCAGCAUCCGAACAGCUACGCAGUCGCUCACCUUCCGCACUACUCCCACCCUCCACUCCCCACAUCUUCUUUCUUUUGAAUCCGAACGAUUUAACUGGCACUGGAUGUACGAUAAUGUACUGAGAGUUCUGGACGAUUUGGUAGAUCCGUGGCUCAUCGAUAAGCGUGGUGGAGGGGAGAUGCCACUACCGAAUCUGCCAGAGCUAUCACCAUGGGGGAUGAUCGCCAGCAUCGAACACGGGGGCCAUCUCUCGCUGUUGAGGAGUCUUGUGAGAACUUGGGGAGGAAAGGAGGCGGUUAGGACUUUCCAUGAUUCGAAAUGGACUAAUAACAUGAUACUUGGCCAACAGGACGUAGUACAUUUCAGUAGGUGUAAGGGCGGGGCUCGGCACCACUUCACCAUCACAACCAAAAAGUAUAUAUACCUUACAAUUGGCACUUUGGGAGGGGGUACUAGAUUGGAUAACCGUAAUAGUUCAAUUCGCCCAAACUUUUCAACCUUUGACCAAUUGAUACAACGUAGCUUAUGGAGCUUGACAAACUCCACCAAUUGCUCAUAUUCACCAACCACUUGCGACCUAUUUUGGUGCUCCCAAAAGCCUCACACUCACUCGAACGACUCAGCGACGGAGCUAAUUCUUCUAGAGUUGAAGCGCUUUAAUCGUUGCCCCAGUAAGCAGGAUACAGACGAGCUUAAAGCCCUAGAUGAGGAGUUUUGCAUUAACCGGAGAGCUUGGAGGAAGAUUGACAUGCUCAUAGUGAUGGGUUUCAAGGGAAAUGGGACGAUAAUGAAGAUUUAUAAAUCUCUCUUGUUGUACUACAGAAGCACGUUUAACAGUAGCACAGAAAUCCACUAA